AUGACAUUAAAGGGACAUUGCAAAGGUAAUUGUCGGAUAAAACAUUGUAGAGGUAAGCACUUAACUCCCGGAGGAAAAAACUGCCUUUACCAUGACUUCGUUCCAGCCCUUGCAAUAGAUCCAGAAGUUGGUUUUUGUGGCAGAUGGAGGCGAAAACGCAAAGUUGGACCAGCUGAGACGGAUGUUGCUGAAGCGAGACAGGCAGUUGGGACAUCAUUUGUGGAGCAUCACUUGACGAUAGAGCAACUUAAAGACCUUUAUCCAGAUUCAUUUAUUCACGACCAAUUUCCUGAACGAAGUGAUGGUUUGCAUACAGAGGAGGCAAGCUCUGGUUCCCGUAUACCCGCUGAUAUACGAAUUCUUCAAACUAACUGCCUUACUAUUGAAGUAUCAGAAGUGACAGGAUAUCGAAGUACUUCUGAACGCAAGAUCACUUUAGGACAUACUUCACCAGUAGAAUGUACAGCUGAAGCAGCCGCACCACAUGUGUCAGUGUUCGAUUCGAGAAACGUCGCUUUUAAAGGUUCCUAUUGUACAGAAGGUGAUGGUCUGGGAAUUGUUAUAAGAACUGGAAAGUUUACGGUGUUGGGCGGAAUCGCAAAUCUUCACACACAUAUGCCACCUAUAAAAAGCAAACUUCAAACAGAACUUCGGACUUUUGCUAAUUUUAUAACAAUUCUGGCUAUUUGUAUGGCUGUGGCCAUGUUUUUAAUAGGAUGCAUAGUUGCUAAGUUUGAAAACGUUCUAGAUCAUUUUGUUAUUGGUUUCUUAGUGGUUAUCGUAGCUAACGUACCUCAAGGAUUGCCAGCUACUGUAAUGUCACAGUUACGAAUUAUUGCACGUCGAAUGGCUCAAAAAAACAUUUACAUUAAAAAACUUGACCUGAUUGAUGAAUUAGGAGCAGCAACGGUGAUCUGUGCCGAUAAAUCAGGGACAUUGACAAUGAAUCAAAUGGUUGUGACAGAUUUAUGGUAUAAUGGAAGGAUGAUUACAGCAUUAAUUACAGUAUAUGCUAUAUAA